ACGGUAAUCGUGACGUAAACGAGUGUACAUUUGAAAAACAACUCCUAAGAAAACCAUACUGUUCCGGAACCUACGAAAGCUAAACAACAAAAUCACUCUCUAUUAUUAUAAGCCGGUUACAGCAUGAAACCAUAUUAAAGUUUAAAUCUAAAUAAAACUUAUAUAGAUACAAGAAUCGCGAAUGUGUAAUAUGCCCGUCUUAAUAUUCCUUUCUUACGCGUUUCUCAAUGCGUGCAUGUGCAGAGGGAAGAUUGACGAAAUGAGUUCGCGCUUUUUAAAACGUAGUCGACCGACUAAGAAAAAAUUGAAGAUUCCAUUAUAAGGUUAAGAUCGCUGUAGAAGAAGGGUAUCAAAGGAUAGGGUGAUUCUUCGUGUUUUAUUCCUAUUUUACCCUCGUAAGGUUUCUGUGUGCGGCACUAAAGAUACACCAAGAUCGCGAUGACAUAUAGAAAACCGGACGUAAGGGUACAUAUGGCAGAGGCGAACCAGGAGGACGGUUCAUAUUUAAACGAAAGCCGAACGAGAUAGACACGAGUCGCAUCCAACAGUGGACCUAACAGCCUUCCUAUAUCCUUCUGUUCAAUUUAUUUUAAUAAUCGUGGCAAAUUGAAACUGGACCGAGUGCUUGGAUUAGUUCGUUUUAGUACGAUUUUCUCCAAGUAGCCUACAGAUUUCAGAAUGCCUCACGUUACGGGGCCCAUCUACGAGGCGUACCAAGGUGGUACUAGGUACGGUAACAUGACGGUGGCCGACAAAGUGCCACCGGAAAUGCUCCACCUGAUCGACGCCCACUGGUACCAGUAUCCACCCCUGAACCCGAUGUGGCAUGGCAUCCUCGGCUUCGUGAUCGGUGUGCUUGGUUUCAUCUCGGUUUCCGGAAACGGGAUGGUCAUUUACAUUUUCCUUUCGACAAAAAGUCUUCGUACGCCGAGUAAUUUUUUCGUGAUCAAUCUUGCCAUCAGCGACUUCUUGAUGAUGUUCUGCAUGUCUCCACCUAUGGUAAUCAAUUGCUAUUACGAGACAUGGGUACUCGGACUAGUCUUUUGUCAAGUUUACGCGAUGUUGGGCUCCCUGUUCGGAUGCAGCUCCAUAUGGACGAUGACGAUGAUCGCAUUCGACAGAUACAACGUAAUCGUGAAAGGACUGUCUGGUAAGCCACUGACCAUAAAUGGAGCUCUCCUCCGUAUAUUGGGCAUAUGGCUAUUUUCCUUAAUAUGGACAAUCGCGCCUAUGUUUGGCUGGAACCGAUAUGUACCUGAAGGUAAUAUGACCGCGUGCGGCACCGACUACUUCAGCAGGGAUAUAGUGUCCAUGUCUUAUCUCAUCAUGUACGGCAUAUGGGUAUACUUCUUGCCGCUGUUCCUCAUCAUUUGGAGCUACUGGUUCAUCAUUCAGGCGGUCGCUGCUCACGAGAAAAAUAUGCGAGAACAAGCGAAGAAGAUGAACGUCGCUUCCUUGCGAUCGUCGGAAAAUCAGAGCACCAGCGCCGAGUGUAAACUGGCAAAGGUCGCCCUUAUGACAAUCUCCUUGUGGUUCAUGGCCUGGACACCGUAUUUGGUCAUCAACUCCGCUGGAAUAUUCAAUCUCAUGAAGAUCAGUCCGCUCUUCACCAUCUGGGGUUCUCUGUUCGCCAAAGCCAAUGCAGUUUACAAUCCAAUCGUUUACGGAAUCAGUCAUCCGAAGUAUCGAGCUGCAUUGUUCGAGAAAUUCCCCUCGCUGGCGUGUUCCGGACCAGCGCAAGCCGCGGACGCAACAUCGACGACCACCACCGUCGCGGACAGCGAAAAAGCGAACGCGUAAAACAGCUUGUCAUGGCCUUCAAACUAUGUGCACGCGUAAUCAUAAUCAAUCGGCAAAUAAAUGGAAACUAGAUUAACGCAUAUUCGACUAGAUGAGAAUUUAAUUGCAGACACGAUUUGUAAAUACUAGCAUCAAUUAUCGUGUUCGGCGAUCUUUUUUCUAUCAUUAAAAUUGGUCGGAAAUUGAAAAUAUAAAAAUGUGUUCAGAAGAUGUCGCCUGACAAGCAAAUUCAAUUCGACGAAGGAAAUUUCAGUGCCUAAUAUACGGAAUCGCUGGUUACGCGAUAUUAAAUUAGCAAAUAUUCGAAUCGCCUAUGAUUGAAUGUAUGAUUCUCAUUUCACCACAAUGCGAGUCAUUUAACAUCAAUUCAUAGGUAGGAUUUUGAUUUUGUACAUUUUAUUGCGUAGCAAUAUACAUGGUCACUUUGGUAUAGCAGGUAUGUACCAACAGCUCUAUGUUUACUGGAUUAGUAAGCAUAUCCUAUUGCUGUAAAUCAUGAAGGGAGCGUCGUAUCUGUACCUUAAUUUUAUAAAAGCAAAUAAAUUCUGCAGGUAACGAUAA